AUGAACGACUAAAUGGAUAUAGAAUACGAUCUGUUUGAAUUUUAAGGUUUAUUAGGAUAAGGAUCUUUCGGAACUGUGCUGAAAGCGUUUAAUAAAAAUACAAAAUAAACAGUAGCUGUGAAAGUAUGUUAUUAAAAAACUUAACUUAUUGUAGGUAAUUAAGAAAAAAUAAAUGUUAUAAUAUGCGUAACUAAUGUAGGAAGCACAAAUUUAAUAAGAAUUAUAACAUCCCAAUAUUGUUAAAUUUUUUGGAGUUUAUGAGACUGAAAAUAAAAUCCUUAUAGAAAUGGAACUGAUAUGUGGAGGUAAAAAUGUUAUACAAUAUAGGUUCAUUAAGUUCAAUAACAAAAUGUACAGAAGAAUAAGCAAAAUAUAUAAUGUAUUCAAUUUUUAAUGCAUUACAGUAUAUGCAUAACAACAAUAUUGCUCAUAGAGAUUUAAAACCUGAAAACAUACUUGUUACCCAUGAUCUCAGCUUUGUUAAGGUGACCGAUUUUGGAUUAAGCACAGGAUACUCAUCAUUGAUGACUAAAUAAUGUGGAACACUUAUAUAUAUGGCUCCGGAAUAAUUAAAUAAUAGGAUAUAUAAUAAGGCGGUAGAUAUAUGGGCAGCUGGAGUUAUUAUGUAUUAACUACUUGUUGGUGAACAUCCAUAUUAUAAAAAGGGAUGUGAUGUUGCUUAAUCUCAAUUAACAAUGCAUGAAAAAUGCAAGAAGAUUUUGAAUGAGUAUUGAUAAAUUAAUUAAUCUAGAGUAAGUAAUUCAGUCUAUUUCGAAGAUUGACUGAAAUAAAUCCAACAAAACGAUAUAGUGCUACAUAGGCUAUGUUACAUCCUUGGUUUAAUAAUGGAAGUGAUGAACCAUUGACUAUGGAAGAAUAAUUUUAAUAGUGGAAAUAAUCUCAAAAAUUCCAAAAUAUCAUUUUACUUUUAAUGUUGUUAAGUAAAAUAGGCUACAAAAAGGUAUUACAUAAUAAAGAACUAUAUUAUUAAAUUUCAAAGAACUUAAAUAAUAAAAAGAAAUAAGAUGUUAUGAAUAAUUAUGACUAAUUAUUUGCUGAAUACUAAAAAUCAUUAACAGAUGCUUAAAAAACUAAAAUUUCCACUGUAGUUCUUACACCAAGAAUAGAAUAGAAUAAUGAAAAUAGCGGACCAAGUAUUUUUCAGUCUUCAUUAAUUAAACCUUUUAAGUUAUAAUCUUAAUUUGGUAAAAAUGAUGCAACAAGAAUUAUCAAUACAAAUUCGUAAGUUUAAACUCCUUUAAAUGUUUAUGAUAAUGAUUUAGAUUAAUAAAUACAAUUUUCUAAAUAAUCUUGUAUCAUAAAGGAUAGAUUAGACAAAUAGAAUAUUCGUCCAUAAGCUAUGAUUCAAUCUCAACCUACUAAAUUAACAUCUAAUCUAUCUGAAAUUGAUAGUAAUACUCAAGAUAAUGAUACUCAAUAAUAACAACUAGAGAAAUAGUGUUAGUAAUCGACAGCCACAAAUACAACUAGUGCAAGUCCAACUAAAUCUCCUUUAAAAAGAAAAAGAGUAAAAAGAACAUAAAUUAAAUAAUAUCUUAAUGAAGAGAUCGUUUAAUCUAACUUAUAAUAAUAAAUAUCAAAUAACACUCAAAAACAAUUAUAACAAUAAUAAUAAUAACAAUAAUAACAAUAAUAAUAAUAAUAAUAAUAAUAAUAAUAAUAAUAAUAAUAAUAACAAUAAUAAUAAUAAUAACAAUAAUCAACAACUAAUGUAAUUAGACAACAGUCUCCUUCACCAAAAAAUAAAUUUAAGAUUCAAUUAAAACCACUUAAUCAUUAAUAAUAACCUAUAAAUUAUAAUUCUUAACAAAAUGGAAAUCAGUCCUUACGUUUAAAAGCUUAAAAACUAUCAGUUGAUAGAGAAUUCUUUGCUCCUCCAGUUUUAGAUUUAAGUAAUUUAGCACUUGAAUGUUUGAGUCCAAAGUAUCGAAAAACUCGUACAAAUAGUUUGCAUUAUUAAAAAAGAGUCUAUGCUAAUGAAUUUUAACCAUCUAGGAUUUUGGGUGGUGCUUACAAAAAGAAUUACGAUUCGUUUUAUAUGAAAUGA